CUGUCCCGAUGGCGAUGGUUUUCGAAGGGGAUUUUUUUUUAGGUAUUUGGGAAAUUGUCCAAGCACGUUCACCAGAUACGUUUUAACAGCAACCAAGGAAACACUUUGCACACUGCGAAACACUGCACCUUAGUUCUGCACACCGAAAGGCACUGGGAGAGGAAGACAAACCUAAACAGCUGGUUUCCUAAAUAUAUGCAGAGUUCAUUUUGUUUUUUGUGGAUUUGAGUAGGCUUCUAGGAUGCUGCUGGAAGUGUCCUGUGCGGGGUGUUGGCAUGGCACCACCGUUUGAUAAUUCACUCGUGCCACUGCACAAGGGCUGUACUUUAUGCUGCAACCGUUCUUAAAACGAGACGAAUCUUACACAACGUCCGAUAAGGGGGCAACCUCAGUAGCCCACCAGCAUCAUGCCACAGCUGGAGCGCUGCUCUUGAAGUGUUUUCAAGAACUCCAACAAAUUCUACUACGACUGUGUGCGUGUUUGUAUGUGGGUAUUAGUCGUUGUGGCAUGAUUGUGUGUGUGUGUGUGUGUGUGUGUGUGUGGUCAGAAGUGUCAAAUGCUGAAGUUUGGGGAAAUAAAUAAACUUUCGGCGAAAAAAAUAAAUAAAAAUGACAGGAAGUAAGCGCGCAUGCAGGCCGUGGGUGUGAGGAUUUGUUAUCAAUCCUGGCGCGCUACGUUUCUCUCACUCUCCUGCAUGCCUGCUGUCUGCAUCUAACAGCACGCGCUUUCUCCCCUUCUCUCUCGCUGUCGCUGUCGCUCUCGGUCUCAUCUGCGGAGGACGAAAUUAUUGAUUCUAGUCGAAAACCGUGUGCCGAACCAAACGGGACCGCUUGAAAUGCAACGCCCGCAUAGUUUUAAGCUAAUUCUAAUGAACCGCACGGUCUACUCGCUCCUGCUGCUGGCGUUCUCGCAGAUCGUCCACACCACCAGCGCCCAUCUGCGGGAGCUGUGCGAAAAGCGGGACAUCUUCUUCGAGCCGUACCGGUGCCAGCUAGUCGACCUAGACCUGCUGGACGACCCCGUCCUCUACCUGCUGUACGACGUCAACCCAAGCGAGGGGUUCAACCUGCGCCGGGACGUGUACAUCCGGCUGGCGGUAUUUGUCCAGUUUCUCCGGACGCAGCGCGGCUACCGGCGCACCCGGCUGGUGCUGCCGCCCUGGUCCAGCCUGGUGCACUGGCGCAGCGGCAACAUCGACCAGCAGCAGCUGCUGUGGGGCAACUUUUUCGACCUGCCCAGCAUGCGCCUGUACACGGACGUGCUCGAUAUGGACGAGUUUUUCGCCGAGUACGGGCGGCUGCACGGCCCUGGCGCGACCACCGUUGUGCUGGACGAGGUGUACAAGCUGAAGCACUUCGAGCAGAUGUUCGAGAACGGCGUGUUCGUGGACAAGUUCGAGGAGCACGUCUGCCCGAAAGGUCACGACGGCGCGCUGGCGUACUUCGGGUACGGCAACUUCACGACGGACGCGUUCACCUGUCUGCACUUCCAGGGCAGCGCGAUGCUGCUGCACCGGCUGCUCGAGCGGUACCGGCCGGGGCGCCCGCGCGUCACCCGCUACGUGCACGUGCUGAACGCGGAAAUCGUGCUGCACGAUCUGUGGGGCAACGUGGACUACUGGGAGGCGCGGCGCUCGAUGCGGUUCGCGCCGCCGCUGGUCGACGUGGCGACCCGGUUCCGGGCCGAGUACCUCAACUCGUCGGACCGGGCUGAUCGGACGGUGCGCCCCGCCCGCUGGACGGACGAGCGGAGCCGGCCGCGGAAGGCGCGCGGCGGCGAGUACCUGUGCGCACACCUCCGCCGGGCCGACUUCCUGUACGGGCGGGACAAAACGACGCCCACGGUCCAAUCGGCCGCACUGCAGAUCCGGGCCAAGCUGCUCGAGCUCGGCUUGAAGACGGUCUUCGUCGCGUCCGAUUGCACGCGGAUGGAGUUUUACAACCUCAAGAACUACCUGAAGCGCUUCCGGGUGGUGCGGUUCGUGCCGGAAAGCUACGAGCAGCGGGCCGAGCUGAAGGACGGCGGCGUCGCGAUCGUCGACCAGAUCGUGUGCUCCCACGCCCGCUACUUCAUCGGCACGUACGAGUCGACGUUCACCUACCGGAUCUACGAGGAGCGGGAAAUCAUCGGCUUCCCGAAGGAUCUGACCUUCAACACGUUCUGCAAGAGCGAGAAAGAUAUGAACUGCGAGAAGAACACGGUCUGGCCGAUCGUGUACCAUUAAGGCGGGGGAAGGAAGGGGAGGCUUCUAGUCUGGGCUCGAAUAAAGCGAUGAGCGAGGUGAUUUGUAACAACACUUCGUCCUUUUUGUUGAUGCAAAAGCCACAAUUCAAUACGCACAAGAGGGCUACAAAGAUGUAACAAGAUCUUUAUUCUGAUUAAUAUCGUAGUUAGGAAAAAAAAUUACUUAGGUAAAGACGCCUUGCACCUUCCUUAAACCUGAUUACCCUUUACAAGCCCGACAGGUGUGCAAGAACGGUGAGGUAGCACACACACACACACACACACUGUUUGCCUUGGUUUUUGUUCUGAUGUGUUUGCAUUGCUCACUACUACUUAGUGCUGCAAAAUGUCAUGACCAUCACGUGACGAUCACCACCGAAAACAAUGAAAAUAUCCGUGGCAGCUUGAUGCUCAUUACUGACACUCAAUGAAAGUGCGUCAUGACAUGCCGAACACGAUAUGCGAGUGCUUGAGUCAAGCCCGAUACUCUGACUGAAAUACUGAGCUUAAUGCCGUCACAAGCAUAAUCAAGACUUUUUUUUAAGGCAGUGAACAGUGCUGCCUAAUGCCACCGUUUCAGUCACCAACACUCAUGACUGAAACGAAGUUCAAGUCAGCUCACGUACACAACUGUAAUGAUCAGCGGUGAUUUUUUGGAACACUCAACGAUUGGUCACUCACUUGGUCAAGACAUUUUCUCUCAAUGAUAAUCACGACAUUCUUGGAAUAUACUUGGCGUGUGGUCCUAAGCAACAAAAUAAUCCUUCUUUCUCGCUAUGUCGCGUCAAACAGAACGAGAAAACAUGCUCAUUUUGUAUCUUGGAACCACUGGCACACUCCGCACAUCUCCCAUGACUGUCGUGAUGAUCACCGACAGAAAAUGUCGCGACCAAGGGCUGGUAGCACACAAUGUCACCAAG